GAGCAAAAAAGUUAUUGAGCCAUCAAAACUUGAGCUUUUCCAUAACAAGUUGUUUUUUGUUUUGAAAAUCAGUGGUGUAUUCAUUCAUUCCAAGCCUUAAAAGGCAGAUCUUACAGCAAGCAAUUACAGCAAAUCCGAUAAAACAUUAAGCACAAAAAACCAUUAUGGGUGAAAGUUGUUCAAUCGACAAUUAUGGGCAACCCAAUCGGCAUUCCUAUUACUGCGACAACUGGUGAAAGAAACAUUAACCCAACUCGAUUGGUAUAAGAUGGCUCUAACAGAAGAAAGCAAUGCAUAUCAAUUUCGAGGGAUCUUCAUGAAGAGCAUCCACCAGUAUCUUGCUGUCGGAGAGGAUUGUAGUUGGAAUCGUCUCAUCUGCUGCCAGACGACACACUUCGAAUAACUGUUAAAAAACUAGUUUGCGUGGGUUUCCCUUAUUAUUUUUAGUAGGAUAAUUAUUAUUAUGGUUAGUAGAGAUUUAGUCCAAUUAGGUUAUUUGUUAGGGUUUACCGGUAUUUUCCCCAUAAAUAUGUACUCCCGGUUUACGUCAUAGGCGAGCAAGAAGAAUAUUAAAGAAACUAUCCCAACCCUAAUCUUUCCCAAAUCCUCUCAAUCCUCGUCUCUCUCUUCCCCAAAGACUUCGACCAGUUCUCCUCUAUUCUCCCCAAUUCUGUUCUUCAAUCCCUAAUCCCCAAUUCUCCAAUCUAAAUUCCUAAUUUCUUAUCCCGAUCCCCAAAUCCCUCUUUGUUACGUAUAAUCACGGGUGCCGAAGAUCAGUCCCUAGAGACCCUAGAAGCGGGUUUCUUACAAUAACGCACACGCCUCAGCCUCGAUCGGAGAAGAACAAAUAACCCUCUUUGCUCUUCCAUAACAAAUCUGCCCGAUAGAGUUUGUAAUAACUCCAAUGGCCGCCUCAAGAGUUUCAUAGUCAAACGAACAAUCACAAUAGAUUCUUCUGUGAUAUAGAACCAAUGGUGGACAUGAUUAUAACUGAAUGUACCGAAAACGAGAAGAGGAAGACGAACCGGCAUCAAAGUGAGGCUCUGCCGCGUCUCUCGAAGCAUAGAUAGAGGACGUUGUUUGGGACAAAACAACUCCUCUAAAGAUGAAUUCAUUUUGUGCCUUCCAAAUGUUCCACAAGCAGAAAGUCUUUUGGUGAAUCGACGCUGGGGAAUCCGCUUCUUUCAAUGCGAAGAUCCAUUGAGAAAGAUUCUGCGGAAGAAGCAUGUUUGGCACCACCUUCUCCCAAGUAGCAUAUGCAUGAGAACACAAGAACAAACAGGGGAUAUCAUAUUCAACCUCAGCAUCACACAAUUGGCACUUUGGAUUGGGCGAACACCGGCGUCGGAACAGAUUCAACUUUGUCACCAACGCAUUUCUAACACAUCUCCACGUAAAGAACCGGAUCUUUGGUGGGAGAUCGAGCGAUCAAAGCCACUUCCAGCAAUCAUCAGAACACGGAAGAUUUUUUUUUUAAUUCUUUUGUUAUAUCCUUUUUCUAAUGCUUUCACCCUCUUAUGUAUUCAAGGAUGCUCAAAAGGAGUAGUAUUCCGGGUAAAGUCUUGCUAACCAGGAGAUCGCUAGCAAAGGAGGCAAGUUUACAAGAAUAUUCUUCUACUUUUCAAAGAAGCUUUUUGAAAAUGAUGUUGGUACAAGUAAUCGGACUGGCACAUCAAAGGAGGCAAGAGUGCCACAAUUGACUUGCAAUUUUGAGUUAUCACCCCUUAUAAAUCCUCAGUCUGCAUGCCUUAGGAAUUUACAAUCGCUAAUUUAUCUAAAUGAGGAAACUCUUCUUUGUUGUGGAGGAUGAUGUGUGGACUACAAAGAAGCCAAAUAGUAGUUACAUUGCCAACAAACUAAAACCUAGUACCCCCAGUAUCGAAGUUUCAUCUGGAGAAGUUCAGAAGUCGAGUGUGGAUGCUAGAGCUACCGACUCUACAAGAGUUAUCAAGUUUACAAAGAAUUAUCGGGAGCAACUGUAAUGUUAGUGUAUGGUUGAGCUUAUCCGGCAUCUUUCUUGUCUCCAAAAUUUCCAAUACAUCUCCGCAACAUCAUUGCCACUACAUGCCAGUAUCUUUGGAAGAAAAGGACUGAAAGGCCAUCGGCAUAAGGAGUCCCCCCCCCCCCCCCAUCCGUUUCAGUGCGCUCCACACUUCCUCUCUACUGAAAGGACAAAGUAAGAGCUCAUUAUCCUCCUUGCUGACUCGAUGAUUCACUGAAGACAGACCCGACCACUCAUUUGGGUCCUUGCAUGACUUAAAUAUCGACCAAAAUACCCAUGCAUGCAUGCAGUGACCGCAUCGUGCCCCACGUGCCACCUCCCUGCAUCAUCUUUAAAUUUUUUUUGAUCGAGUUUCAUCUUCGUCGUGUCGUCGCCUUUCUAUGGAGAAAGGCAGUAUUUUUAUCACUCUCUCUCAACCAAUCAACUUGGGAUCUCUACUUCUAGUAUUGCUCUUCACUGUCCAGUACAUUCACCAUUUCACUCUCAAGUUGUCGGAUUUGAUUCAGCACUUCCUCUGUCUUUACUCUUCUCUCCAAAGCGCACAAUGCUCUUUCAAUUUUUUUUCUUUCUUCUGCCUGUUCCACCUCUCCAACUUCGUGCAACAACAGUCCAUCUUUACAAAUAUAUCCGAGGACCCAUGCUCUUUCCAGGCUUCUUCUAUCACGCGGGGCAAUCCUCGUGCUUUGUCUAGUGCGGUUCAAAAUGGAACGGUCAUCCCCAUUUAAUUAUCAACAUCUUUCGCUCCACGAGUGUCGCAUAUAAUCUGGCGAUGGUCUGAGCUAGCUCGAUCAUGAUGCAUAAAUUGACUAUUCCCAAAUAGGUUAUGCCAUCUGUCAUUAACCACAAACCUAUCUAAUCUCUCAUCGAUCAAACCACCACCUCUUCUUCUCUUUUCCCACGCAUAAUCCAUGAUAACCCAAGUCAUGGAGACCCACUUUAGUGAGACAGUCUCUAAAGUUGCACAUGUCGACUUCCUGAACAGAUCUUCCUCCACUCUUCUCUUCUGUUGAGAGAACUUGGUUAAAAUCACCCCUGCAAAGCCAUGGACCAUUCCAUUGUAAGCUAAGCGAACACAAUAAGUUCCCUAAGGCCACCCGUAGAUGUCAGUAAACCUCCAUAUUUCUUCCCGUUCCUCAUCAACCACUACAUUUAUAUAGUGGAGGUCAAAAGACAUUCUCGUGUUCGUCACUUCCUCUUGCCACCAGAUACUCACGCCACCCACCUUGAUUUUUGUUGAGAUCACACGCCAAAGCGGAUUCAAAUCAAUCAGACUUCGUGCC